CCCCCCCCGCCCCACCGGACUUUGAUUCCCUCUUCUCCCCCAAGCAGUCAUCAUCAUCAUCAUCACUCCCACUCGUCUUUCUCUUCGAUUUCAGCGAUCAUUCUGGGAGCUGCGAUCUGAGAAAAUACUGAUUGGUUGCAGAUUGUCUGAUCCAACCAUCUGCCAGAUCUGACCGUCUCUUCAUCAUAUCGCCCUGAGAAGCAGAGGAAAUGGCGGACGACAAAGGCAUUGCAGAAGGCGACAAGAAGGAGUCUCCUCCUGCUGUUGUCAAAAAGAAGCAAAAAGGAAUUAUCUCUCGUAUUUGGAGUGGAAUUUUUAGACUACACGGUGAUGAUUUCGAGAAGAGACUUCAAUAUAUAUCCAGGGAAGAAGCUGCUGUUAUCGCUCGGAUGAAACGACGUUCCCAAACUUGGAGGAGGAUGGCUAGGCAUUUCAUCAUUUUCUCUGUCAUUUUUGAGGUUAUUGCAGUUGGUUAUGCCAUCAUGACAACAAGAUCAGUCGACUUGAACUGGAAGAUGAGGGCAUUUCGAGUUCUGCCUAUGUUUCUUUUGCCAGCUUUUUCUACCCUUGCUUAUUCGGCAUUCCUGAGCUUCACCAGGAUGUGUGACAAUAGGGAUCAGAAAACUCUGGAAAGGCUUCGGGCUGAAAGGCAGGCAAAAAUUGAUGAACUUAAAGAGAAGACAAAUUAUUACACCACACAGCAGCUCAUUCAGAGAUAUGAUCCUGACCCGGCAGCAAAAGCAGCUGCUGCAACUGUCCUGGCAUCAAAGUUAGGUGCAGAUUCAGGAUUGAAAGUGUUUGUGGGAGAUGAAUCUCAGCUUAAUGUCCCAGCAGGAAAGAGCAACGAUGUUGAGGUUAUGCAAUCUGGUGGGCUACGAAAGCGAAAGCAACCACACACAAGAUCCAGCAGCACUGCAAGUACUCCACCACAUCAUCCUGAUGAAGAAACACAUUCUGGGGCCAUUGAGGGUCAGACUCCAGGGCAUAAUCAGUUGGUUGUUGUCAAUCAUCACCAUGAUCAGGGAUCUACUACACAUGAUGGGAGCUGGAUCUCACGGAUUGCUGCACUACUGGUUGGUGAGGAUCCAACACAGUCUUAUGCUCUUAUUUGUGGCAACUGCCAUAUGCACAAUGGACUUGCCAGGAAGGAAGAUUUUCCAUAUGUUACUUACUAUUGCCCACACUGUCAUGCAUUGAAUAGGCCAAAGCAAAUGGAAGGUGUUUCUGGUUCUCCUUCCCCUGAUACAAGGUCUUUGAAAGCAGGGGGAAGCGGGGAUGCAAUUAACAACCUCAGCGGGUCUGUCAGUGAUAGUGUACUUACAAGUAACAGCCCUGUUAUGGCUGGUUCAGAGAUUGAGGAAGUAACUGAAAAGGAAACAGUGGAGAAUUUGGUUGACUGAGGAGACUAUUGUGGGCAUAUGAUGUUGGAGUGAAUCUAGGAUCUGUCUUAUCUCUUUGGUGAGUAUGGACGGCCUCAGUUGAUGUGUUUGUGAUUAUAGGAAACCAUUAGAUAUCUUGCUGAAGAAAAUCUUUUGUUCUUUUAUAUGAUCAUAUACAUAGGUUUUGUGGCAUGCUUAAAAAUAUUGAAGGCGUUUUUCCAUUUUGUUUCCUAGGCUAGUUUUUGUUGCUAGUAUCCUAUUAGUGAAGUGUAAUGCAUAUAAAUGCUAUUGGAACUUUGGGAGCGGGUGGGAUCAUCUUCCUCUUUCUAAGUCCCAUGUGCAUCUCCGCCCAAUGAAAAGAGGAAGAGAAGCACUGAGCAGUAGCCUCUUAUAUGCCAUCUUGUGGUUAGAGUAUGGAACAAGAAGAGGAACAAAAUGGUUCUUUUCUUUUUUCCUUUUUUGGUCAUUCUGAUGCAUACAUGUCUUGCCGGGACAAAAGUUUUGUUAUUUGUGAUUAUAUUUAUAGCUAAACUAACUUUGUACGAUUGUGAUGAUGGAAGAAAUGCUUCUUUCCACC